CACCACUUGUCACGUAUAUUUAGCUCAGCACGGAGUAUUCUACAGAAGUCAUCCCAAUUAAAUAUUACCAUACCCUCCCUUCCUCGCUUAUUUCGCCGUCCUGCUUUUGACCAGUUCAUCUCUUCGCUUCUCAGCUGUCAUUGGCCUGCUUUUUCACUAUCAUUGAUUGAUAUUCAUGCUGAAUUGGUGAUCAUGGCACAACCAGACAAGAAUCGAUUUGGCAAGAUGCUGAGAUCGUCCGCAUCUGGCACGGCGUUCCUAAUCAUGAUCCAGUUAACCUCGAGGAUUAUUACCUUCAUUGCGAACCAACUAAUUUUGCGCAAGUUGUCUCCAGCAAUUGUUGGAAUUGCGGCUCAACUGGAGCUUUAUCUGACCACGAUACUGUAUUUCUCAAGGGAGAGCAUCCGGGUAGCAAUCCAAAGACAACCUUCAAGGGCCGUGGUCGACAAAGCGGAACAUUCUGGCAACCGUGAAGUAGGGACUGGGAAUUCUACAGCAUCCCAGUCGGUGGUGAACAUUUCUUACUUGAGCUUCGCCAUGGGACUUCCCAUGACAAUGGCGCUCGCUAUGUUCUAUGUGCAUUUUGCCUCAGAAAAGGUUUCUGAAACGCCAUACUAUCACACCAGCGUGGUAAUUACUGGUGUCGCAUCACUCCUAGAACUUGGGGUUGAACCUUUCUUUGCUGUGGUGCAACAACACAUGUUAUACGAAAAGCGUGCUCUUGUUGAAAUGCCCGCAGCAUUUGUGAAAAGUGUGGUUGUUUGCAGCACCUUUAUAUGGGCAUCCAAAACCAGCUUCAAUGUUGGUAUCUUUCCAUUUGCAUUAGGGCAUCUAUGCCAUUCUCUCGUUCUCAUUGGUGGCUACGCUGCCACCAUGCCUAGCACAGCGAGGAAAGGGGGAUUCUCGUUCCUUCCCAUGCGUAUAAAAUCCAGUAAGCGGUCUAGGUAUCUGGCUGGCAGAUUCUCAUAUCAGUUGAUCUCACUGUCUGCAAACGUCUUUGUGCAAUCAGCAGUCAAGCAUAUUCUUACUCAGGGUGAUUCGAUGAUACUUGCAGCCAUGUCGAGCUUAGAGGACCAGGGAAUAUAUUCUCUUGCCUCGAACUACGGCGGUCUUGUUGCUCGCAUAAUCUUCCAACCAAUCGAAGAGAGCAGUCGAACACUCUUUGCAUCGCUUCUCAAUCCUGGGGAAGUUAGUGCACCUGAUCCUAGCGGUCUUAAUGUCGCGAAGAACCAUUUGGUAGGCAUAUUGCGCGCAUACGGGCUUCUAUCGGUCAUUGUUUUCCCAUUGACCCCGUCUUUGGUGCCUCGUGUUCUCCACCUGUUGGGUGGGCACCGAUGGACCUCGAAACAAGUUGAUCGUUUGCUUAUGAUGUAUUGCUACUAUAUACCAUUUUUAGCAUUUAAUGGUAUCACAGAAGCAUUUGUGUCAUCUACAGCUAGUCCUUUGGAGUUGCGGAAGCAAACAGGUUGGAUGGGGGCAUUCUCAGCAUCGUUCAUAUUGGCAGCUUACAUUUUCCUAAAAAUCUGCAAUAUGGGAGCUCAAGGAUUGGUGUGGGCUAACAUCGUGAACAUGGCAGUCCGCACGGUAUGGAGCUAUGUUUUCAUAGAUUCAUACUUGCGUCGGCACCAGAAUGGGCUUGCCUUGGCCGAAUUUAGCCCGCGCCUUUGCACCCAAGUUGCUGGAAUUCUAGCGACAUCUAUUAUGGUCUCUAACCCAGGAAGCCCUAACGACAAUUUCCACGAUAUUAUCAGGGCAAUUGCAUUAAAUGCCACCUAUGUCAUUCUUGUGUUGUAUCUGGAGAGAGCAUACUUUUUGCAACUAUGUACAAAAGCUUGCCACAUGGCAAAAUCAAAGUUUCCAACAAGAAACAACAAUAAAAACAUAAUGAAGAAUUAAUCAUCAAACACAAUUUUGGUCGCUGAUUUGUUAUUAUCAACGUCUUUGAAAAAGGCACCAUAUGCGCCAUGCUGCUUCUUCUUGACGGUUGUCCCGAACUUAAGAAGGUCUUCUGGAACAUCCUGCUUCGCAGCCCGUAGGACAUUAAUUAACCUACAUACGUCAGUAAAAUAUAUCCAAUUCAUCAGAUAAAGCCAUAGGGCUGAAAUGGAUAUCAUUUUCACUUACCCGCCAGAUUGUGCUUUGUCAGUUUCGGUGAACAAUGUUAUUGCGUGACCCUCGGCUCCAGCUCGUCCCGUCC